UGAGGGGUGGGCAUUACACAUCAUGACCAAUUCGCAAACAUUUCCUCCCUUUAAUUAACAGCUGUAUCUCUGUGUAGCCUAUCAGAUUGCAAGAUUGCGCACGCAAAUGAAUGAAAAUAACGCGCGUGCUUGCGCUAAUCCUCGUCUGUCCUUUUUAUCUGCAGGACUUGUAUCUGUCAGAUCACUAUGGGAUAUCGGAGCAGAGGGACGAUGACAUGCUGGUUAUUUUUCCAUAACUGCAAGUGGAUGGUUCUUCAUUAAAACUACGUUCCGCGGUGUUGUAUUGACACUUGUGGCGAAAUGUCUCUCACUGUCUUUUUGGGUCUCCUACUGGCAUCUGGAGGAUUUCCACUUGUUCGGAGCACCUGUCCUACACAGUGCAGCUGCUUUUAUCAUAACUUGAGUGAUGGAUCAAGAGCCAGGAGCGUGAUUUGCAAUGAUCCAGAGAUUUCCCUGGUGCCCGCCUCAUUCCCAGGCGACACAUCCAAACUUCGCAUCGAAAAGACUGCCAUCAAGAGGAUCCCGAGCGAGGCUUUUAGUUACCUCUCAAACUUAGAAUUUCUCUGGAUGUCGUUUAACGUUUUAUCCUCUCUGAACUCGGACAGUUUCCGCGGCCUAUACAGUUUAGAGGAACUAAGGCUGGAUGGAAAUUCGCUCUCUUCGUUUCCGUGGGAAUCCCUGAUGGACAUGCCGAGUCUGAGGCUCCUUGAUAUCCACAACAAUCAGCUCUCCUCGCUGCCUUCUGAAGCUGCUCUUUACAUGAAAAACAUAACCUAUCUGGAUUUAUCCAGCAAUAAUCUGCUGACGGUACCAGCCGAAGUUCUCAACACUUGGUUGACAAUUAAACCCACCCUGGGAGCAGAAAGUUCAAAAUUGAUUCUUGGUCUUCAUGACAACCCCUGGCUGUGCGACUGUCGUUUAUACGAUCUUGUCCAGUUCCAGAAGUCUCCCAGUCUGUCAGUGGCUUUCAUUGACACGAGGCUUAGGUGUGCUGAUCCAGAGAGUCUGUCUGGAGUUCUGUUCAGUGAUGCUGAGCUCCGGCGCUGCCAAGGACCUCGGGUUCACACUGCUGUGGCCCGUGUUAGAAGUGCAGUGGGAAACAAUGUCUUGCUGCGAUGUGGAACCGUUGGGGUUCCCAUCCCCGAGCUGGCCUGGAGAAGGGCAGAUGGGAAGCCACUGAACGGGACAGUUCUACUGGAGAAUUCGAAGGAGGGAAUUGUUUGGUCUAUUUUAAGUGUACCAGCCGUAUCCUAUCGCGACACUGGAAAAUACAUCUGCAAAGCCACAAAUUAUGCAGGCAGUGCAGAAGCUGUGAUUUCUUUAAUCAUAAACGAUGCACCCAAAAUGGAAAAUCCAACCCUGGAUCCAAAACCCAAACUAAAGUCCAAAAAGCCAAACACUAUGGUCAAAGCAGCAUAUCAAGAAAAACACAUCGCCACUUAUGUUUCCCCAACACCUAAAAAUGGACUACCACUCAGUGGCACAGUGAGCUACACAGGCCCGUAUCCUGGAAUGGAGAGCGACAAUGCUGCUAACAGUCGAAUGAAUACCCAAACAGCCAGUCCAGAUGGCUUCUUGGAAACCAAUCUGAGCAACUUGGCCGCAAACACAUCCUCGCUCCAACAAGACCCUGACAGGGUAGUGCGCUCUGUGAAAGUGAUUGGUGAUACAGACUACACUGUGUGUCUGAACUGGAGGGCUCCGACCGCCAAAAACACCACCGCCUUCAGCGUCCUCUACGCUGUGUUUGGGGAGAGAGAUAUGCGCAGAAUUAACGUUAGUCCCGGCAACAACCGGAUCGUCAUUGAGGGACUGGUUCCAAAAACCAAAUACAUCGCCUGUGUGUGCGUCAAGGGGCUGAUCCCCAAAAAGGAGCAGUGUGUAAUCUUCUCAACAGAUGCGGCAGCGAGCGCUAAUGGAACCCAAAAGCUCAUUAAUGUAGUAGUAAUCACGGUCGCCUGCGUGAUAGCUGUGCCUCUGACUGUGAUCGUGUGCUGUGGGGCGCUUAAGAGGAAAAUUAAGAAGUUUCUGGGCAAGAACUCUAAAGACAUUCAGGACUCGUAUGUGACUUUUGAGACUCUAUCUCCUAGCACCAAGGCCAAAGGCUUGGAGGGGGAAUAUCUUACCAGACUGAAUGCUGAAGAGUCCAACAGACUCCUGUCAGCCCGCUCCAGCUUAGACUCGGAGUCCACUGCCAAGAUUGAGGGACAGCCAAAUGAAUACUUCUGCUGACAGUAUCCCUCAGCCACGAUUCCACCACGCAGCCUGCCGAGUAUCCAGGCCCAGCCGCAGUAUCUGAGUGCACAUAAUCUGUACCAGCAGUACAUGGCUGGCCAUCCGUGAAGAAGCUUCUGGAUACAUUGCAUACGUAACAAAGCGCACCACGUCGGUCUUUGUUACUGUGUAUUUGGACUUGGUUUCUAAACUAAGCCAUUUGGCUGGUGGUGGGGUUGUGGCUGAGCGAUCCCAGGAACUACAUAUAUAGACCCUUUUAGAUGUGCUAGGAGGAACUGACUCAAAGGGAAAUGUUCAUAUGAAAAAUGUUCUUAUUCUUGUAUAUUUGUGUAUAUCGAAACAUUUAUUAAUAUGUGAUGAUAAUAAUAAUAAUAAUAUGUACAGAAUUGAGUAAUUUCUACAUACACUCUUAAAAAUAAAGGUUUAAUUUUGUUUUCACAAUACUGUAGAACAGGGGUGUCCAAACUCUGGAGGGCCACUGUUCAGCUGAGUUUAGCUCCAACUUGCUUCAACAUGCCUGGCAGGAAAUUUCUAGUAUAUCUAGGAGCUUGAUUAGCUGAUUCAAGUGUGUUUGAUUAGGGUUGGAGCUAAACUCUCCAGAACACCAGCCCUCCAGGACAGAGUUUGGACAUCCCUGCUGUAAAACAAUGUUUUGGUUCCCCAAAGAACCUUUUAGGAAACUUUUCUUAAAGAGAACACUCUCUACUUGUUCCAAACCGAAUUGAGUUUCUUUAUGCUGUUGAACACAAAGGAAAAUAUACUUAUCGACUUCCAUACUUUGGAUGUGAUUGGCUGCUUUUUCGCAACCUUCCUCAGAAUAACUUGUUUUUUGUUCAACAGAAGAGAGAAAUUCAUAAAUGUUUAGAACAACUUGAGUGUGAUCAAAUAGUGUGGUAAUUUUCCUUUUUGGGUCAACUCUCUCUUCUUUAAUUUUCAGUGUGGACAAAAAUCCUGACAUCUUUUUUACUUUUAAGAUUGCAAACAUGGCAUGACUCCCACUCUUGUGAUAUUCCUAAUCUGCAAGAAUUUAAAUUAUCCUUAGAAAUAGGACAAUCUGAUCUCACAAAAUUAUUAAAUAUUGAUACUCCAGUGACUCAAUGCUUAUAUAUUCAGAAACUCUGACUGUCUUAAAAAAACUUGACUAAUUUAUUCAAACACUGUUCAAUAAAUGAGUGAUCACUAACAAGGAAAA